AUGAUAAGUAUUAUAAGAGAAAAAUUGAAGCUUAUUGUGGGAUUACUUGCUCUACAAUUUUGUUUUGCAGGAUUUCACAUUGUCUCUAGACUUGCCCUAAACAUUGGUGUUAGCAAAGUUGUUUAUGCUAUUUAUAGAAAUCUCAUUGCCUUGUUUUUGUUGAGUCCAUUUGCUUACUUUUUAGAAAAGAAUCAAAGACCACCUCUUACACUGUCUUUGUUGGUUCAGUUCUUCCUAUUGGCAUUAUUAGGAAUCACUGCAAACCAAGGGUGUUACUUGUUAGGGAUGUAUUAUGCUUCUCCAACUUUAGCUUCUGCCAUGCAAAACUCAGUUCCUGCCAUCACUUUUAUCUUUGCCUCAGCUUUAAGACUUGAGGAAACCAACAUUGCAAGAAGAGAAGGAAUAGCAAAAGUUGUGGGAACCAUUGCUAGUAUAGGAGGUGCUAUUAUAAUUACUCUAUACAAAGGUCCUCCUCUUCUUCACUUGAAAAUGAACCAAAUGCAAGAAAACAUCACCUUACAAAUAGAUGAGUCUUCCACAAAAAAUCAAAAUUGGACAUGGGGUUGCAUAUUCUUGCUUGGACAUUGUUUAUCAUGGGCUGGUUGGAUAGUUUUUCAGGAUCCUGUUGUUAAGAAGUAUCCAGCUAAACUCACACUGACUUCAUUCACAUGUUUCUUUGGAUUGAUCCAAUUCUUGAUCAUUGCAGCUUUUACAGAAAAUGAUUUUGAAAAAUGGAAGAUACAAUCAAUAGAAGAGCUCUCUACCAUCCUAUAUGCUGGAAUUGUAGCAUCAGGGGUUAUGUUAUCUCUCCAAACAUGGUGUAUUCAAAAGGGUGGUCCUGUCUUUGUUGCUGUGUUUCAACCAUUACAAACUUUUCUAGUUGUUCUCAUGGCUGCCCUUAUUCUUGGAGAUCAGUUAUACUCUGGAGGGAUUAUUGGUGCUAUUCUCAUUGUUCUUGGUCUAUACUUGGUUCUAUGGGGCAAAGCCAACGAAAAUAAAGUGAUUGAGCCAUCGAUAACAAGACCAUUGCUUGAUUCAGAUGAAGAGAAUAAAAUUACUGAUGCAGCUGCAAAAGAUUUAUCUUAA